ACUGUUGUAGUGUUGAAGAGUCAGAGGCGACUGCAGGACACAAACCAGCUUUGCUACAUAGUUCAGUCAGGUCCUAUGUGGAGAUGCAGCCCAGCAGCAACAGCAGCAGUGAGAAAUCAGAGUUGCAGCAGCUGUGGGGAGGUUGGAGCACAAUGGUGAAGCGCUAUUAUGAUGACCCCAAGGUAGCACAUCUGAUGAACACAAGAAUCGGGCAGUACCUCAGCACCCACCCUGUCUUCGCUCUGACAGUGCUGCUGUUUGGCGCCAUGGCCGCACUGCCUGUCGGGCUUUUCCUUUCUUUUGCUCUUGUGACCUUUAUAAUGGCAGCAGUAGGUUUUGUUUUCUUUGAAGGGUUCCUCUUGUUUAUAGGAGGAGUUACUCUGCUGUGUGUGCUCACCGGUAUCGCCUUCUUCUCUGUCAUGGCUUCAUUCAUCUUCAGUGCCCUUUAUAUCAUCAUCACCAACAUCUUUCACCGCUAUUACCCACAUCUGAAAAAGCAAAGGAAAGUCCAGGAGACGGAGAGUGAAUCUGACACUUCAGAAACGAAAGACACGCAGUAGCUCAAUUCUUCUUCUCUCUCGAUUGUCAGCUCUCAGGUGAAAGAAGUUCAGAAUCGCCGAGGGUACGAACGCCUUAAAUCAGCACUACUGAAGAGACCCUUGAAUGUACUAUGUGUAACAGAUUUCCUAAGCACAAAGAUUCCCUGAUUGUUACUGUGUGUCUACAGCCUAAAUAUUAUGGCUGAACAUUUUUCUAUAAUGCCUGAUUGUAACUAUCUCUAUGUUUUAUAUAAGUUUAAAAUAUCUUUGAGAGCCAAAGCAUGGAAUAACUAAUCUUUGAACUGCCUUACUAGUUAAAGCUAUAGUGCGUAACUUCUGUCGCCUCCCAGCCGAUAAUGCGUUAUUACAACUAAUAAGCCAGCGGCACUUCCAUGUACACAGAGUAACACUCGCCAGUCGCCACACACCGU